AGGGAUCCCGUCCUGCAAUCUGAGCCUCUGUGCUGCCUGCUGCUGGUUGCACACCCAGGACGCACCAUGAAGCUGGCCCUCCUGCCUUGGAUUUUGAUGCUGCUGGUGACCAUCCCAGGCCCCAAGUCCACAGCAGGUGCCCAGAGUAGCUGCUCCCUGCGCUGUGGGGAACAGGAUGGACUCUGCUCUUGUCAUCCGACCUGCUCGGGCCUCGGCACCUGUUGUGAAGACUUUCUGGACUACUGCCUAGAGAUUUCACCCACCUCGGGCUCCAUGAUGGGUGGCAAAGACUUCAUGGUGCAGCAUUUGGAGUGGCCUGGCUCUACUGAUGGCGUCAUUUGCAGGUUUAAGGACAGUAUUGAGACCCUUGGCUAUAUCGACAAUUUGACCCGAGUACACUGUAUAUCACCCUUGCUCUAUGAAAGUGGCCACAUUCCCUUCACCGUCUCACUGGACAACGGCCGUUCCUUCCCUCGUGCAGGCACUUGGCUAGCUGCCCAUCCCUACAAAGUCUCCGAGUCUGAGAAGAGCCAGCUGGUGAACGAGACCCGCUGGCAAUAUUACGGCACUUCCAACACCACUGGGAACCUCAGCCUCACCUGGAACACCUCCGUGCUGCCCACGCCAACCGUCACCAUUGAGCUGUGGGGCUACGAGGAGACAGGAAAACCCUACUCAGAGGACUGGACAGCAAAGUGGUCCUAUCUGUACACUCUGACUGGAAACACCCCCAAUUCCGGCGUCUUUACUUUCACCCCAAAGCCCGCAUCUCCUGAGCACCAGAAGUGGAAAGUGGGAGCUCUGAGGAUCAGCAGCAGCAAGAACUAUCCUGGGCAACAGGAUGUGCUGGCGCUCUGGACCAAUGAUCAUGCACUGGCCUGGCACCUGGGGGACGACUUCCGGGCAGACUCUGUAACCUGGGCCCGUGAACAAUGCCUAGCCUGGGAGGCACUGGAAGAUCAGCUGCCCAACUUCCUGACGGAGCUGCCAGACUGCCCCUGCACUCUGGCCCAGGCCAGGGCUGACUCUGGCCGCUUCUUUACGGACUACGGCUGUGACAUUGAGCAAGGCAGCGUUUGCACCUACCACCCAGGGGCUGUACACUGUGUGCGCUCCGUGCAGGCCAGCCCCAGGUAUGGCUCAGGCCAGCAGUGCUGCUAUACGGCAGCAGGCACACAACUCCUGACCUCAGACUCGACGAGCGGCAGCACCCCUGACCGCGGCCAUGACUGGGGUGCACCUCCAUACCGCACCCCUCCCCGUGUGCCGGGCAUGUCCCAUUGGCUCUACGAUGUCAUCAGCUUCUAUUACUGUUGUCUCUGGGCACCUGAGUGUCCCCGCUACAUGAAGCGGCGGCCCUCCAGUGACUGCCGUACCUACAGACCUCCGCGCCUGGCCUCUGCCUUUGGGGACCCCCACUUUGUCACUUUCGAUGGCACCAGCUUCUCAUUCAGCGGGAGCGGCGAGUAUGUGCUGUUGGAGGCGAGACUGACUGACCUGAGGGUGCAGGGAAGGGCCGAGCCCGGGAGAAUGCCCAAUGGCACCCAGGCCCGUGGCACGGGACUGACUUCAGUGGCUGUCCAGGAAGGCAACUCGGAUGUAGUAGAGGUGCGGUUAGCUGGCAGUCCUCAGGCCCUGGAAGUGUUGUUGAACCAGAAAGCCCUCAGUUUCACUGAACAGAAUUGGAUGGACCUCAAGGGCAUGUUCCUGUCAGUGGCCUCUGAGGAUAAGGUGUCAAUCAUGUUGUCAUCGGGGGCUGGCCUUGAGGUCAGCGUACAAGGUCAUUUUCUGAGUGUGACCGUCCUGCUGCCUGAGAAGUUCCUGACCCACACCCGUGGUCUCCUGGGAACACUCAAUGAUAACCCCAAAGAUGACUUCACCCUGCGUGAUGAGCAGGUCCUGCCCCCGGAUGCCAGCGAUCAGCAGGUGUUCCAGUUUGGAGCCAACUGGGCUGUUCCCAACACCUCUUCCUUGUUCACCUAUGACUCUUCAUUUCUGGUCUCCAAAUUCUUGAACCAACCCAAGCACGACCCCAACUUCAGACCACUCUUCUUCAACGAGAUCACACUCAGCCAGGUAGAAGAAGUGUCCAGACUGUGUGAGAAGGACCGCUUCUGCAUCCUUGACGCGCUAAGCACAGGGAGCAUGAGUGUGGGCAAUGCCACACGGACGGCCCUCCGACUGCACCAAGAACGUCUGGGGAGCCUACAACCUGUGGUGUCCUGCGGCUGGCUACCCCCACCCUCGAAUGGGCACAAGGAAGGCUUGAAGUAUCUGGUGAACUCCACCGUCCGUUUCAGCUGCCACAGUGGCUACAGCUUGGUAGGGUCCGAGACCAGCAAAUGCCGAGCUGAUGGUACCUGGUCCACACCUACCCCAGAGUGUCAGCCAGGACGAAGCUACACAGUGCUGCUGAGUAUCAUCUUCGGAGGCCUGGCCAUCGUGGCCCUGAUUUCUAUCAUCUAUGUGUUGCUGCACCGCCGCAGGAAGAACAGCAUGGCCAUGUGGAGUUCACAGCCCUGACACAGGAGCACUCUUAGUGGACAGCAUCAUGGCCGCCAAGACCCAGCCUCGCAGGAGCAGCCCCAGUCACAUGUACCCUAGUCCUGAUUCCCACAUCUACUAUCUGUGCCUUCAAUGCUGCGGACCCCAAACCUGUGACUAGCCUGUCCUGACUGAGGGAGACACGAUGCCAGAUAUGCCAACUCCUGAAACCCCCACCCCCCAAUCCUCCAUCAGUAACCUGAACUCUG